AAUCUGAAGUACAUCUCUAUGAAUCAUUACAUAAGUAAAUAACAAUGUGGAGCACGAGUAUUUAUACUCAGAGCAUUUUAAGGUUGCCAAAAUGUGCCCGUUUAAUGUCAAUGUACCCAUCACAUUUCGCUGAGCCGGUCAUACAAAAGGACAGCCAAGCGGCAAGCAGAAAUGAACUAGCUCACAUACCGAUUAAGGCGGCCACAAACGAUUCUUCCGAUUCGAUAUUCUUCGGUGUGCUUCAGAAUAAACUUGUGAAGUAUAUUACUAAAAAGGGUAAUCGAAGUUUGGCCAAUGAGCUUCUAACCGAAACAUUCGAAAUAAUCAAACGCACGCAGAUCGAGCGAUAUAAUCUCUCCAAGUCGGACAGGGAGAAAAUUAUCAUUGAUGCGGAAAAACUGCUAAUAAAUGCAAUUGAAAAUUCACGGCCAUUACUCCAAUUAUCCGCCAUCAAAAGAGGCGGAGUUAAGUAUCAAGUUCCCAUCCCGUUGACCGAAAAGAAAUCCUAUUUUCUGGCCAUGAAAUGGCUUUUGGAUGCAGCACGCGAAAAGGAUCGCAAAGUGAAACUGCCCGAGAAACUGGCUUGGGAAAUUUUGGACGCUGCCUGUGGACAGGGACGAGUCAUUAAAAAGAAGGACGAUUUGCACAGACAAUGCGAGAGCAAUCGCGCCUACGCCCAUUACAGAUGGAGCUAAUAUCAUUAUUAUAAUAUAAAAUUUAUUUGUAAUUUAAAUGAACACUAAGGAUUGCAGAUGUGCAGAUAAAUAUAAAAUACGAUCAACA